AAAACGGAAGUGGCAGGGAAUGUCCAAACACGCUGUUACUUGCAGAUAUAUGCAGCAAAGGAAGCCUGGGGUGCUGCCUGCCACCCAUGAUUUUUAGAGCAAGUAAUGGGCUGCCCUAGUGAACUGGGCACGAGACUGUGCCAAGCCAGCAAGGGGUUGUGCAAAGCAAGUUAGGUGACACUGCAGUCCCAUCAGAGAGCAGCCAGCCAGGAAUCAAAAUAAGAACAGAGAGACAGAGGCUUGAAAGAAAGCGCGAGGUUACCGAUUGGCACCGCCUCGGUGUAUGUGUCUGUGGGUGCACAGUUUUUAUUCUCAAAACACCACCAGUUAGCGGUCAUCUGUGUGACCAUUUAAAGGACAAAUAUAAGGCAACAGAGAAAUAUACGGUGCGAUUAUUUAUUCUCUUAAGUUCUGGAAGUUCACUAGACAAAACGUUUGAAGUCGCGGUUUUGUAUUCUUCUCAGGUGAAUGAAAACUGGCGAUACAAACCUUCAGAAAGAAACCCAUCAAUGCACUAAACAGAGGACUGAAGAAACCAGCAAACUGUGAAGACGGGAUACAGAGUGUAAUGUGUCUGCCUUUACCUUUAAGUGAAGAAAGCACAACCUUUCUGAUCUGAUGACAGGAUGCUGACCACUCCAGUCCCUCAUAUAAAUAUUGCUACAGGGCUCAGUUUUAUUUUAAACUGAGGAAGUGGAACAGAGGAAUUAAUUGACAAAACUCUGAAGUACGGUGUGCAGUUAUCAGGACUAGAAAAAGAGACAAGCAGUUUCAACAUCAAAUCACCUGUUCGUAUGUCUUUGAAAUAUGGAACGAAGCCAGUGCCCUUGAAGAAAGCAGACACAGACUCAGAGAUGAUACAUAAAUACUACACCAAAGGUAACUCAUCUGGGAACCAAGCCAAAGACUCAGAUAUUAUGUAAUGUCUAGCCUGGUAACAAACUAAUCUCCUUAGUUUGGUAAGAAAACUUGGACCCGCUUACUGUCCGUGACCAACAAAUUUAUUCUUGUACAUUCUUUAUGAAGGGUCCGUCUACUUCGGGCCUACACCAGGGAUAGGCAGGGUUUCUAGGGAUCGGGAUCCUAACCCAGUGGACACAAGACAGUGAAAUGAAUAUGCAGACUAUCAGACAGUAACAAUGGAAGAGAAGCCUGCCCAGCAUUACUGAAAACAAAGGACCUCAAGAGAUGGCAUAUUGUGACAGGUUCUUCCGGCACCAUUCCUCCAUGUGGAUGGUGUGUGUCUCCAAGUGAACUUGAGAAAGACAUUUUUCCAUCCAUGGACUACUUUCUACUUAGACACUCCUAAAAAGAUCCUGAAAAUGCAAGAAAACCAUUGAUCUUCCUGUGACAGUCCAGUACAAAAGAUGAACAAUCUGACCACGGAACUUGUUCAGACCAGCUGUGUGUUCAAUGAAGAAUUUAAAUACAUUCUUUUGCCCCUAGUCUACUCAGUGGUGUUUGCUCUUGGGCUGCCUUUAAACAUUACUGUCAUCCUACAGAUCUGGCUCUCCCAGAAGGCUCUUACAAGAUCCACCAUUUAUAUGUUAAAUCUAGCCAUUGCUGAUCUCCUGUAUGUAUGCUCCCUCCCCCUUCUUAUCUACAACUACACUCAGCAUGACUAUUGGCCUUUUGGAGAUUUCGCAUGCAGGUUUGUUCGUUUUCUGUUCUAUACCAACCUGCAUGGUAGCAUUCUCUUUCUCACCUGUAUCAGUUUUCACAGGUAUAUGGGCAUCUGCCAUCCACUGGCAGUUUGGCACAAGAAGAAAGGCAAAAAGUUUGUGUGGAUUAUUUGUGCUUUUAUGUGGUUUAUUGUGACUGUGCAAUGUAUUCCUACUUUUGUAUUCGUUUCCACUGGCAUUCAGAGGAAUCGUACAGUAUGCUAUGACUUAAGCCCACCGGAGAUCUCGGCAAAGUAUUUUCCAUAUGGGAUUGCUCUCACCAUAACAGGAUUCCUCAUUCCCUUCAUUGUCAUUUUGUCCUGUUACUGCUCCAUGACCAAGGUACUGUGCAAGACAGAUGAUAUGAUUGGAUUGGUGGUUCAACCCAAAAAAGAGAAAGCUGCACGGAUGAUCAUUAUUGUAGUAACUGCCUUUGCCAUUAGCUUUUUCCCCUUCCAUUUAACCAAAACAUUAUACUUAGUUAUCCGUGCCAUUGAUGGAAUAUCUUGCCAUACCAUGUUGACAUUUGCCAUCGUCUACAAAUGCACUAGGCCAUUUGCGAGUAUGAAUAGUGUUCUGGAUCCUGUCCUAUUCUAUUUCACACAGAAGAAACUGAGACAAAGCACUCGCAACUUACUUGACAGAGUUAGCACACGGCUGAGAACAUAUCCGCAGAUCUACAGGUCUGGGUAACUGGUUUACGAUGCUUCAUUUCCUGAUGUAACGUGUCUAUACUGACAAAUUUCUUGAACUAUGACAACUCUACUGAAAAGCACAUGAACCCACUCUUUGUACAUGUAUUAAAAUGAUGUACUGUAUAUGUGAAAUGUAAUGUAGUACGUCAUGUACCAAUAUCUACUGUGAAUCAAUUCAUACUUUAAUUAACCUAAUAAUUAAAUGCUCAAUGAGGAUAAAAAGAAACACUAUUGAGGAUAAAUAUAUAAAUAACUGCAGCAGCUUUGUUAUAGUUGAACUAGUCAGUCAGAAUAUAAGGAACAAUAUCAUAAUGUUUUCAUAUAAUGUAACUGCAGAAUAAAUCUUGAUUAAAGUUACACACAUUCAUAAAAAUGCAUAUUAUGCAUAUUACUUUUGGUCACAAUUUAUAUACAUCCAAGAGGUAAUUAUCACAAAGGAUAUAAAAGGAUGAUACAUGCAUAUAAAUGCCUGCUGUACAUUUAGUUUCCUCUUUUUUGUAAUUGCCAGUAACUCCAGAAAGUUAAAAUGAUUAUGUUUUUGUUAUGUUCAGCUGUAUCAAUGCACAAAUACAUAUUUUCUUUAUUAUUUUUUUUAUCAUAUUUUUAACCUAGAUUGGAAUCUAGGUCUUUAAAGUAGCCAGAAUUUGGUUGUACCUGAAAGAGUGCUUAUACUUUUAAAACCACAAGAUAUAAUGCCUCAAUUGAUCUAAAAUUGUGAAGUAAGACAUAUGUUCAUGUGUUUUUUAGGUGAUCUUGCUAGUGUUGUGCAUUGUGAUAUAGAUGUCAUCCUCUCUCAUGCAUGUUACACAGAUGUGAGAAGCUUUUGUAGUUUGUAGCCUGGACUGCCAUAGUUAGUUACACCAAAGUGUUGUUUCCAACCGGAUUUUCCAGUAAAUUUGUCUUGCGUUUGUUUGAA